GUAUUUUUGGGAAUCGUUUUCCGUAGCACGAAUUCUUACCGCUGGCCGGCUGCAGAGCGAGGCUCUAGGCUGUGCCUCCGUCCACGACGGCGGCGAAUCACGAGCGAUUUCAAAGGGAUGAUGAAGUCGAAUGCGGCGGCGAUUUGUGAUGCGGAGGUUCUGCAGUGGUGGAUUUUGGGUAUCCUCGGAGAAUUUGGUGUUCGGUAGAGUGCGCUUUACUGAAGGGUGAGGCGGUCAUGGCUGACAUUUGCCACGGCCAACCUCUCAUUCGAAAGUCAAAACGAUAUCAUUUAGGUUUGAAUCCUUUCUUGCAGCUUUGUCUUCUGAAGAACUUCAGGGAUCCGAAAAAUAUAAUGAUACUUAUAUGUGCUUCCUGGACAACGAACUUAGAGAGGGUUUUUUUGGUUGAGAGGAGAAUGGCAGAACAUAAAAUGAAGCACCCUGAGGAGAGGAUAAUCAGUCUUGGAGUUUCCGAAACAUCAAAGCCCCUUCCUGAGUUCAUAACAUCUGCAAUGGCUAUGAAAUCACUUACAUUGUCUACCUUGGACGGCAACAGUGUCUAUGGAGCUAGGCGAGUUGAAGAACAAUUAAGAGCUGAAAUUGCGUCAAAAAUUUAUGGUGAUCUUGGCAUUGAGAAUGAUGAUAUUUUUAUAUCUGAUGGUACAUUGUGUGACAUUUCUCGUCUACAGAUACUAUUUGGGCAUGACAAGAUAAUUGCCGUUCAGGACCCUGUGUAUUCAGCCUAUGUGGACUUGGGCGUCAUUAUGGGACAAAGUGGGGAAUUCCAGAGUGAUCUUAAGAAGUUCAAAAAUAUUAAGUACAUGAAAUGUACUCCAGAGAAUGAUUUCUUUGCAGAUUUGUCAACUAUUUCACCAGCUGAUCUCAUCUUUUAUUGUUCGCCAAACAAUCCAACUGGUGCUGCUGCUACAAAGGAGCAGUUAAUGGGUCUUGUACAAUUUGCUAAAGACAAUGGUUCAAUAAUAAUCCAUGAUGCCACAUACUCCAUGUAUAUAUCAGAUGAUAGCCCGCGUUCUAUCUUUGAAAUUCCCGGAGCAAAAGAGGUUGCCAUCGAGACAUCUUCCUUCUCAAAAACAGCAGGGUUUUCUCGCAUUCGUCUUGGUUGGACGGUAGUUCCUAAAGAGCUUCUCUAUUCAGAUGGAUUUCCCAUCGCCAAGGACUUCAAACGCAUAUCAAAUACUUGUUUCAGCGGUGCAUCUAUCAUUGCUCAAGUUGGUGGAUUGGCCUGCCUCUCACCCAAGGGCUGGAAAGCUACACAAGACAUUAUUCAGUCCUACAAAAACAAUACUAAACUAAUAGUGGACACAUUUAACUCACUUGGUUUCAAAGUGUAUGGAGGGAAAAAUGCACCUUUUGUGUGGGUCCAAUUCCCUGGUCGGAGCUCGUGGGAUGUUUUUGAUGAAAUCCUUGAAAAGAUCCAUGUUUCUGUAACUCCUGGGAGUGGAUUUGGCCCAACAGGCGAAGGAUUCAUAAGGGUUGCUGCUCUGAAUCAAGAGGCUGAUGUUCUUGAAGCAUGUGAGAGAUUCAAGCAGCUCUUUAAAUCCACCAGAGCCUAUAACUAGUGUUAGAAAUAUAAUAGAAAGAAAAAAAAAUAUCUAUUAAUAAAAAUAAUAUUCAAUAAAAAUACAAAUACCUAUCAAAA